CUUGACGGAACGUUGUCAACAACUGGUCAGGACAGGAGGAAAACUCUCGUUUAAUCCAAUUGUAGCGAGCCUAACACGUUGAACUGAGGUUUGUUUUUGCGUUUUAAGUAGCUAAAUACGACGACAACUCUAUUCUGCUUACCCGUUUUUCUGAAACAGCCAACCAUGAGGGGUAAAGUUGGGAGCGGCUAACAUUAGCCGUCUGAAUGCUGUUGAGCUUGUGACAGUGGGGGGAGGCUGCUGAUAUUGACUGUGAACCUGCGGUGGGUUGUGGCUAGCCAGAAAACAUCGCCUCGGUCGGAACGUCCUUGGACGUCCAGAGUUUUCCCAGUUAUUUCCGGACAAGAGGGAGUCUCUCGGGAUAAAUCACCAUGGAUUUGUUUGACAGUAACACUGCAGAGCGAGCUAACCUGCCGAGGAACAUGAUCGAGAACAGCAUGUUCGAAGAAGAGCCUGAUGUGGUGGAUCUGGCCAAAGACUCAAACACAUUUCCAACAUUUCCCACUCUUGACCCGGAUGAGGUGGCAUAUGAGCCUCGCAGCUCACGGUUGCUGGUGCGUGGCCUGGGAGAAAACGACAUGGAUGAUGAUGAAGAGGACUGCGAGUCUUCUGCACGUCUCCUCGGAAUGUCCUUUAUGAACCGCAGCUCUUCUCACAGGUCCAGCUCGUCCCCUUACGUCAGGCAGUCUCCACCGAGGUCGUGUUCACGACCCUCAGGUCGUACAAUGGUUGUCUGUGUGUUUGUCCUGGUGAUCGUAGCCUCGUUGACCAUGGUGCUGUACUUCCUCCCUAGCUGCACCUUCACCAAGGCUGGUUGUCCUCAGCCAAAUAAGACAGCACCCCUGGAACCAGUUUACCCUAAUUCCACAAACGGAGAACUGUUUCCUUGGGCCGAAUUUCGACUGCCUCACAGCAUACGACCUCUCAGCUAUGACCUCACCUUCACCCCCGACCUUGACAGCAUGACCUUUACUGGCAAAGCUGCCAUUGAAAUGUCUGUACUUCACAACACAAAGCGGAUUGUGCUCCAUGCUGCUAAUCUCAACAUUACCAAAGCUACGUUUAAGCUGGGCAACGGACAGGCCCGUGACGUGACUGUACUGGAGUACAAACCCCGGCAGCAGAUUGCUGUGAAGUUCCCGGAGGAGCUGAAAACAGACCAACAUUGUGUUUUGACUUUUGAAUACAAUGCUAACCUCUCACACAGCUAUGAUGGUUUCUACAAUAGCUCAUACACUGAUAAACACGGAAUCAAAAGAGUUCUUGCAGCAACACAGUUUGAGCCGCUUUCAGCCAGGAAGGCCUUCCCUUGUUUUGAUGAGCCAUCUUUCAAAGCCACCUUCCUGAUAAAAAUCAACAGAAAACCAAGCUACAUGAGUCUCUCCAACAUGCCUAAGGCCAAAACCACAGCUCUUUCCAGUGGCCUUGAGCAGGAUGAGUUUGAGAAGACCAACGUCAGUAUGAGCACUUAUCUGGUGGCCUUCAUUGUUGCUAACUUCACCUCUGUCAGCAGCAGUGCUUCAGGAACAAAAGUCUCUGUAUAUUCUGUGCCAGAUAAGAAAGAACAAACCAGCUUUGCUUUGGACACAGCUUCCAAACUGCUGCAAUUUUACAACAAAUUCUUUGAGAUUGAAUACCCACUAAAGAAACUAGGUGAGCAGAACCACUCAUCUGUACAACGUUGCUCUUUCUGCACUUCUUUUUGUUAUCAUUUGUCACACUUCUGCUUCAUUUCUGUUUUGUCAGACUUGGUGGCCAUUCCCGACUUCCUGGCAGGAGCCAUGGAGAACUGGGGGCUCAUCACUUUCAGGGAGACCACCUUACUGCUGCACAACAACUCCUCCUCUCUUGAAAAACAAGUAGUAGCCUCUGUAAUAGCCCACGAGCUCGCUCAUCAGUGGUUUGGAAACCUGGUAACCAUGAGCUGGUGGAACGACCUGUGGCUCAACGAAGGCUUCGCCACCUACAUGGAGUACAUGUCACUGCAGGAAAUACUGCCCAGUUUUGACACUGGUAAUUUAUUCCUGACUGUGCGGUUCAGAGCCCUGGACAAAGAUGCGCUAAACUCCUCCCACCCUGUGUCGACAGAGGUUAACACGCCAGAGCAAAUCGAGGAAAUGUUUGACUCGGUCUCCUAUGAAAAGGGUGCUUCAAUUCUCCUGAUGCUGAAUGCAUCAUUGCCAAAGGAGCAGCAGUUCAAAAAGGGCAUUAUUCAGUAUUUGAAGUCGUUUAGUGGAUUAAAUACAGAAACGGUGGACCUUUGGAACAGCCUUACACAGGUUUCCACCCCGCGUCAGAAUAUUUCUGAGAUGAUGAAUUCAUGGACGUCACAGAAAGGCUUCCCAUUGGUCACUGUGAGUCGCAAAGGCGAUACGGUGACCUUCUCCCAGGAGCCUUUCCUGCUCACAUCUGACAACAGCACAAAAGCAACCAGACAGUGGAAUAUUCCCAUCACAUUCGUGAACGACAGCUGUAGCUUGGCCCCGGAGUGCAGACAGAUGUUCAAUCUGAGUAAAAAGUCAGAAAGUUUAAAGAUGCCAGGAAGCGUAAAGUGGCUAAAGUUGAACUACAAGAACACCGGCUUCUACGUUGUUGACUACGGACAAGAUGGUUGGAAUGCUAUUCAUGAUGCUUUGUCCGAAAACAUCAGCGUUCUCACAGCCGAAGACCGAGCCUCAGUCAUACAUGAUAUCUUUGCUCUCUCCAGACUGGGACGUGUCACUUUUGAACAAGUCUGCCAGCUGUUGAGCUUCAUGCCUGCUGAAACAGAGACGGCUCCUGUGACAGAAGCUCUGCUGCAGCUGAACAGCAUCUAUAGGCUCCUCGAUAAAAGGCAGGAGUCUGACUUGGUAACUCGCAUGAAGUAUUACAUUCUGAGUCAAUUUGGUUCUCUGAUGGAAAAUCAAACCUGGAAGGAGGAGGAGAGUCUAUCAAAACAGGAGCUGCGCUCAGCCCUCGUCUCAACGGCCUGCGCUCUGAAUAAUGAAAACUGCGUUGCCAAAGCCGAAUCCCUGUUCAAAAACUACACUCUCUCCAAUUUUACCAUCAAGAUCCCAGGUGAUUUGCAGCAAGCUGUGUUUACAGUGGCCGCUCAGUCAGACGACGGCUGGCAUACUUUGAUCACCUUGUACGCAACUACCACCAAUGAUGCGCAAAAGCGAAAGAUGCUAAAAGGCCUAGCAUCAACUCAGGACCCACGUCGCAUUGCAUGGAUUCUCAAGGCCGGUCUGAAUGGGGCUAUCAUCCAGACACAGGAGCUGCCUCUGAUCAUCAACACCGUGUGUAACGGGUUUGCUGGCUAUUUGUUUGCUUGGGAUUUUAUACAAGUAAACUGGGACCGCCUCAUAGAGAAGUUUCCUGUUGGCUCCUUUGCCAUUCAGUCAAUCGUCAAAUCCACUACCUCCCAGUUCUCCACACAGGCACAUCUGGAUCAGGUUCAGGCGUUCUUCUCCAGCCUGAAGCAGCGCGGCUCUCAGAUGAGGAGCGUGCAGGAGGCUCUGGAAACCAUCAGGCUGAACAAACGGUGGAUGGAAAGCAACUUACAAGCUAUGAGAAAAUGGAAGGUCAAGUCAACCUGAAUCUGCCCCGAUAGCGAGCAGGUGGGGGUGCAUUUUCAAGACAGCAGCAGUGUUUGCACUAUUUUUGGACUCUGUCCCUUAACUCCCAGUAACCAGAUCAGAGCAACAAUCAAAAGCUCCUUCUGGAUGAAAGGUUUCUGAGAUGAGUCCUAUCAGUUUUACGCGAUAGCUCAGGGUGGUUCUGAUUGUCCGUCUGAUUGUUGUCAGACUCAACACACACUCCUUGUGUUUUAUGCUGUCGACCAAACCUCCUCCGCAGUUCUCAUCUAAACCUUGUGUUUUAUUAGACAAUCAUGCUUCAAAGAUUGAAACAGACCUCCUUUCCCCCCCCCGCUGGGUUUCUAACACCCAACCAUUUAGGCUAUAAAAUGUUUCAAAACGUCCAAUUUAUGCACGAAGACGAGGCGACUCGAUUCGACGUUCCUCGGCAGUGAGGAAAUAAGAGAUGCGGUUUUGUGAAAUGGAUCCCCAUCACUCCUGCCAUGUUGAUGCUAGUCAGGUCAGAUGAUUAAAUGAUGGUUUAAAAUGCCAAAUGUUUUUUUUUGGCAUCAGUUGAAUGUAGUAAGAAACCUUCCCACUGUGUGCAGUAAAGGAUAUACAGAAAACCAGUGCAGGUUUAAAUCACCCAAUGUGUCUUACAGCAGGUGAGAGAAGGCAGCCAACACUGGAGCCAAGCGGUCUCUUUAUUUAGUUUCAGCUCUGAAACUAAACAUGUUUUACUCUACUUUUGUUGCCUCUACUCUCUUUUUAUUUUGUUUAUUUUUUUGUUUUUCUAGUCCAUACCUGGGUAAGGUUGUAACAAUAAUGUAAAUACUAGCAAUGUGUUUUUGGAAGUACUAUUUUAAAAAUAUUGACUUUUAAUAUUUUACAUCUUGAUAUCUGUUGUGUUUGUUUAUAGUGUAAAGUUUUAUUUUGAGUCCAGAUGAAAACUUUUUUUCUUUUUGUUAUUUUCCUAUUUCCUUAUUUAGACAACCAAAAGGAGGUCGUUUGCUGAUGAAUGUUGUGUUACAAGGGCUACUGUGCAUAUUAGAGACAUCAGGCGUCUGUGUUUAUUUGUCUAUACUUAUUGAUAAUUUGUUGUUUAUUAGUCUAAAAAGCAAAGAGGUUGUUUUUUUUUUUUACUCUUCAGAAGUAGUUAUUUAUUAACAGUCUUCACAUGUGACUCUUUGUUUUCUGAAAUGUUAUUUAAAGACAGAUGCACGUCCAGAGGUACUUUCUUCAGAUUCACUUUCCUGUUACGUUUAUCAUGGUGUCAUUUACGGCCACAAAGGCAACUCAAGAUAUCUGUGGAAAUGUUCCUCCUAAUGGUACCUGAUGGGGUUACUGAUGGGGACGAUGGUGCGAAAGGUUCUUGAAAAGUAUAAAAGUGCUUUUUAGCAUUUUCCAGAUCUGGAUAACUUUUAAAAAAAGAAACAAAAAUGCUUUGAUUUUACUCUUUUUCUUUCUUACAUUUUCAAAAACAAAUUGACAUUCAUCUAUGUUAAAUUCCCAUGCUUUUGUCUCUGAUUUGCCAAGUUACAUAUUUACCAUUUUACCCAUGAGUAUCUUGGUUUUGCAUAGUGAAGAAUUAUUAUUGAUCUCCCUGUUUGGUCUCCAGACAGCAUUAGAUUCAGAUUAAACUGAACCCGUGGUUCCUAAACUGGGUUUAAAAUAUUCAACAAAGUAGUAUAGCUCAUAUUUUUAUAAAUAUCUUCAAACAAAAUAAAGACGGCAAAUUUUUUUCAACUUAAAGUAAUCUGUUUUUAGUCUAGGAUAUCAUAUUAGUGGAAAACAGAGAUGAUCGAAAUUAGUCCAGAUCCUACAAAUGCUCUAAUCAGUGUUGAGCCUAACGUGACGACUAUUCAAUGGGUUCAAAUAGAUUUCUAGUAAUUUAUUUAGAAAUGAAGAAAAAUUAAGUGUUUAAAAGUGUGAAGAUAAGUUUCCAAAGUAGAAAAAAUGAAGACAAAAAGAAAUGACUGAAUCAGACUUUUUAAAAGCAUCUCAUCACAGUUUCAAUCUGAGUAAAGAUCAUUAAUAUUUCAGCCAAUUAUUUUGUCCUCACUGAUUCUACUUGCUGAGAGGAUUUCGUUCAGUUUUGCUCAGAUAUCUUUCUGUUACGUAAAAGCGCCAUGUUCACGGUGAAACUGUAAAACAUUUUGUUUUUGCACUGAGAUGAUGUCCUUCAUGUCCUUUCGGGUUUUCAUUACUUGAAAUCUGCACAAAUUGUUCAACGAAGCUACUUGGGGAAAACAUUUAAAAUAGAAAGAAAUUGAAAGGGAACUCCAUUUUCAUCAGUCAGAUUUUCCCACAUUGUUCAUCUGUCAUUUUUUUUUUGUUGCAUUUAUUGUCUUUCUGUCAAAAACUGCCCAAAGUUUAAGUUCCUGUGCUUUACAAGCCUUUUUCAUAAAGCAACUUGUUUCAUUUCUUGUCAUUUUUGACACUCCAAAUAAAGCUAAUCUGCAUCCAACUCUU